CUUUGCAAUUAAAUCACUGUACUAAUCAAAUCCGACAUGAGUAGUAGCAUGCUUAGCUUGUAAGAGAGAGAGAGAGAGAGAGAGAGAGAGAGAGCAAUCCCACAUUCUGAGUGAUUCAGGAAGCAGAGAGCCCUAAAAAGGAGAACUUGAAGGCAAAGCAGACUCAAUCAGCUACUGUUAAGAGGAGCAGUCUUUUUCGUUGGAAAGGAUUGAUUUGAGAUAAUAUUUUAUAUCUCAGAUGGAGGAAGUGAUUGGACCCAGAUUGUACUGUUGCUCUAAUUGUAGAAACCAUGUUGCCCUUCAUGACGAUGUGAUUUCAAAGGCCUUUCAGGGGAAAAGUGGACGGGCUUUUCUGUUUACUCGUGCAAUGAACGUUACAAUAGGACCAAAAGAAGACAGGGAGCUCAUGACGGGUCUCCACACUGUUGCUGAUGUCUACUGUUCUGACUGCCAUGAGGUGCUUGGUUGGAAGUAUCAGAGAGCCUAUGAGGAAUCACAGAAGUACAAGGAGGGCAAAUAUGUACUUGAAAAGGCUAAAUUUGUCAGGGAAAACUUCUAGUGCGUAUUUAUCAAUCUUAUAAAUAUAAUCAUUCCAAAGUGCUUCUUAUUGUGUGUUGGUGCAUGUAUUCUAUUCUACAUGUUCAUUUGACGUGUAUUCAUAUUAUUGUCAUUCGCUGUGUAUUCUCUUAUCAAUUUAUGUGUGGAUAUUUGAAGACCAUUCACUUGUUUUUAUAUAAAUUGUAUUUGUGGGUGGGCAACAUUGAAA